ACGGGUGGCGGCGCCAUGGUGAACCCGGUGAGGGAUCGGGAUGGGGGCCGGGGCACAGCCCAGGGUCCUGGCCCCCAGGUGAGCCCCUCGCUCUCCCCGCAGCCCAGCGCGGCGCCCGCCGACGGCUUCGCCUCCUCAGACGACGAGGCCGCCGAGGAGGACCCGAGCCCGCUCCACAUCUCCUGGUUGUCUUUGUCUCCUCUCUACUCUUCCAAGUUCCUGGGAUUAUGCUCCCUUCCAGGUUGCAGGUUUAAGGAUGUCAGGAGGAAUCUUCAGAAGGAUGUAGGAGAACUGAAGAACUGUGGGAUCCAGGACAUAUUUGUGCUCUGUACCAGAGGAGAGCUCUUAAAAUACCGAGUGCCAAACCUGAUAGACACCUACCAACAGCACGGGCUGUGUGUGCACCACCAUCCCAUUCCUGAUGGGAACGCUCCUGACAUUGCCACGUGCUGCGAAAUCCUGGAAGAGCUCAGAAGCUGCCUGGAAAAUAACCGGAAAACAAUGAUACACUGUUACGGUGGCCUCGGGCGCUCCUGUCUCGUGGCUGCCUGUCUCCUGCUCCAGCUCUCGGACACACUGGCACCUCAGCAGGUGAUAGAGAGCCUCAGGAACCUGAGGGGAUCCGGGGCCAUACAGACCAUCAAGCAGUACAAUUUCCUCCAUGAUUUCCGGGAGAACCUGGCUGCACACCUGGCAACGACGGACACGGUGCCGAGAUCGGCAUCGCGGUAGCUGGCACUGCCCUGGGCAUCUCUGUCUGUGGAACACACGUGGAUGAGACACCUCUCCCCUGACCUUGACUUCCUCACUGCUCCUGCCUGGGGGACACAGCUGCUCCCUCCCAAAGCCGGCUGUGAAACUUGGGGGUGGGGAUGGAGAUCCUGCAGGAUGUGCAGCAUCUCCCCCUCCUUGGUGACUUUAAUACUCACUGCCUUAAAAACACA